CCUCGCCGCGCGCAUGCGUACUCCGGAGGGCUGGCCUCUCGUGCUCUCUCGCGCGCGCGGCGCCUGCGCAGUGGGCUCUUCCCUGUCUGUCUCUCCCUCCUUUGGUUUCCGGGGGCGUUUGCGGGCAGAGCCGGAGCCGAGGAGGCGGGCACAUACCUGAUACAAAAUGAGUGUCCCUGACUACAUGCAGUGUGCAGAGGACCAUCAGACUCUGCUAGUUGUGGUCCAACCAGUUGGAAUUGUUCCUGAAGAGAGCUUUUUUAAGAUCUACAAACGGAUCUCGACAGUGAGUCAGAUCAAUGUCCGUGACUCUCAGCGUGUGCUUUAUAUCCGAUACAGACAUCAUUACCCUCCAGAGAACAAUGAAUGGGGGGAUUUUCAGACACAUCGUAAAGUUGUGGGGCUCAUAACCAUCACAGACUGUUCUUCUGGAAAGGACUGGCCUCAGACCUUUGAAAAAUUCCACCUACAGAAGGAAAUAUAUGGCUCUACACUUUAUGAUUCCCGUCUGUUUGUCUUCGGGCUUCAGGGAGAAAUUGCAGAGCAACCUCGUACAGAUGUGGCAUUCUAUCCUAGUUAUGAUGAAUGUGAAAAUGUGGAAAAGAGAAUUGAGGACUUCAUUGAGUCUCUCUUCAUUGUGUUAGAAUCCAAACGUCUUGACAGAGCUACAGAUAAAUCAGGAGAUAAGAUUCCCCUUCUGUGUGUUCCUUUUGAAAAGAAGGAUUUUGUAGGCCUGGAUACAGAUAGUAGUGUGUUUUUGGGUCUCAAAAGACAUUAUAAGAAGCGUUGCCAGGGUCGCAUGCGAAAGCACGUUGGUGACCUAUGUCUCCAGGCUGGGAUGUUACAAGAUUCCCUUGUGCAUUAUCACAUGGCUGUGGAGCUCCUCCGUUCUGUAAAUGACUUUUUGUGGCUUGGAGCUGCUCUUGAAGGAUUAUGUUCAGCUUCUGUUAUCUAUCACUAUCCUGGAGGGACAGGAGGUAAAGUGGGUGCACGCAGAGCACAAGGCAGCUCAGUUCCGACAGAGGCAGCUAAUAGGCACAGACCAGGGGCACAAGAAGUUCUUAUCGAUCCAGGAGCUCUCACUUCAAAUGGAAUUAAUGCAGAUACCAGUACUGAAAUAGGGAGGGCUAAGAACUGCCUUAGCCCUGAAGAUAUUAUUGAUAAAUACAAAGAGGCCAUUUCCUACUACAGCAAGUACAAGAAUGCUGGUGUGAUUGAGUUGGAAGCCUGUGUCAAGGCAGUGAGAGUGCUGGCAAUUCAGAAAAGAAGCAUGGAAGCUUCUGAAUUCCUUCAGAAUGCUGUUUAUAUUAAUCUUCGUCAGCUUUCUGAAGAAGAAAAGAUUCAGCGUUAUAGUAUUCUUUCUGAGCUCUAUGAGCGUAUUGGAUUUCAUCGCAAAUCUGCUUUUUUCAAGCGUGUGGCAGCAAUGCAGUGUGUGGCACCUAGCAUAACUGAGCCUGGCUGGAGAGCUUGCUAUAAACUCCUUCUGGAGACUCUUCCUGGUUACAGUCUGUCUUUGGAUCCUAAAGAUUUCAGCAAAGGAACCCAUCGUGGUUGGGCUGCUGUACAGAUGCGUCUGCUUCAUGAAUUAGUGUAUGCCUCUAGAAGAAUGGGAAACCCAGCACUUUCUGUUCGACACCUAUCCUUUCUCUUGCAAACAAUGCUGGAUUUUCUUUCAGAUCAAGAAAAGAAAGAUGUGACACAGAGUCUAGAAAAUUACACUUCAAAAUGCCCUGGAACAAUGGAAUUCAUCACACUUCCAGAUGGUCUAAAGCUUCCCCCAGUUCCUUUCACGAAACUUCCCAUUGUAAGAUCUGUCAAGCUCUUAAACCUUCCUGUUAGCCUUCGGCCACAAAAAAUGAAAAGCCUGCUGGGUCAGAAUAUGUCAACUAAGAGUCCUUUUAUAUAUUCUCCAAUCAUUGCUCACAACCGUGGAGAGGAAAGAAGUAAAAAAAUAGAUUUUCAGUGGGUCCAGGGAGAUGUUUGUGAGGUUCAGCUGAUGGUAUACAAUCCAAUGCCUUUUGAACUUCGGGUGGAAAAUAUGGGCCUUCUGACAAGUGGAGUGGAGUUUGAAUCUCUCCCUGCAGCUCUGUCUCUACCAGCCGAAUCUGGUCUCUAUCCGGUUACACUUGUUGGUGUUCCUCAGUCUGCAGGACAGAUCACCAUUAAUGGUUAUCACACUUCAGUCUUUGGAGUCUUCAGUGAUUGCCUUCUGGAUAAAUUACCAGGAAUAAAGACAAAUGGCUGUACAGUGGAAGUAAUUCCGGCUUUACCUAGAUUACAGAUCAGUACUUCAUUGCCAAGGUCUGCUCACACAUUACAGCCUUCCUCAGGAGAUGAAAUUACCACCAGUGUGUCUGUUCAACUUUAUAAUGGUGAGACACAGCAGCUUAUCAUUAAACUGGAAAAUAUUGGAACUGAGCCUUUGGAGAAGCUGGAAGUUACUUCAAAGAUGAUCAACACAAAAGGAAAGCUUUUUGGUGACUUUCUGAGCUGGAAUCUAGAAGACACCCUCUCGCAAUUUCCCCUGAAACCUGGGAGCACUGCUACAUUCAUUGUUUACAUUAAAGUAAAGCUUGAUUUCUCCUGCCAGGAAAACCUCCUGCAAGAUCUUAAUGAUGAUGGAAUUAGUGUGAGUGGUCUUCCACUUUCUAGUCCUUUUCGACAAGUGAUAAAACCCAGGGUAGAAACUAAGCCUAUCAACCCUCCAGAAGCAAGCAAAGCUGGUGACUUCAGUCAUGUGAAGACACUGGAAGCCAUCUUGAAUUUCAAAUACUCAGGAGGUCCAGGACAUAUUGAUCGAUAUUACAGAAACUUGUCUCUGGGGCUCCAUGUGGAGGUGGAACCAUCUGUCUUCUUUACUCGUGUUAGUACCCUGCCUGCAACAAGUACCCGCCAGUGCUACCUCCUCCUUGAUGUGUUCAACUCCACAGAACAUGAGCUCACAAUUAGUGCACGGAACAAUGAAGAUCUGGUUUUGCAUGCUGGAGAAUGCCAACGCAUGGCUAUCCAAGUUGACAAGUUCAACUUUGAAAACUAUCCGGAUUCCCCUGGGGAAAGCACACAGUUUGCAAACCCAAAGCAACUGGAAGAAGAGAGACAGCAAGCAAAAGGUCUGGAGAUCAACAGCAAGUUAGACAUUCUCUGGAAAAUUCCCUCUUUGAAGCGUGAAGGUGAAGCACGGGUGGAAGGCGUUCUCAGUCAGCUAGUCCUGGAGCACCUGCAGUUGGCUCCUCUCCAGUGGGGAGAUGCUGUUCUGCCCACAAAAAGUGCACCAGAGCAUUAUUCUACCCACAAACUGAAUAAAGCAAAUGGAGAGCUUAUUGAAGAGCUUUGUGAUAGUGCUGAAAUGGAAUGCAUCUGAACUUUCUGGACAUCGUAGCUUCUUUAGUAGUAUUUUAUUUUCUAACAGAUUGGUAAAUAUAAUUUGUCACAGUAGCAUGAGAGGUCAGUAAUAUAUUUCACGGGGUUUCUUUAUACUCUCUAAACAAACAUGAACAGAUGUAUGCACUUAACUAUUUUAGAUUAAAACUGUGUUCCAACCCUUGCAGCCAGGUGUGAUAAAUUAUUUAUAGGACUUUAUUGUAAUCUGUUCCCGUUCUAAACUGUGCCCUCUAUUUAGUAUGAAAAUUGCUUUAUUAAUUGAAAACAGGGUAAAAUAUUUUGUUCAGUGGAAAAGGAAGUCAAAAGAUUAUAGUGCAAAUUGUAUUCUUUAAAAUGUAAAGCAGAAGGAUUAUGUGUGUGUGUGUGUGUGUUUACAUGAAAAGACAGGGAGGAUAAACAUGAAAAAAGCGAAAUUUGUAGCCAGAAUGUGUCAUUGAUAAUGAACAGACGGUACCCAGUUAGUGUUAAUUUUAGCACGGCAAGAGAGUAUUGGCAGGAAGCCAGAAGUGGAGGCAUUUGGAGUGACAUGCUUUGGUCUCAAGUUUGCUUUCCAAUUAGAGGACCUAAAAGCAAGUAACAGAAAUAUUUAUUAUAAUGUCGAUAGUGUUUGUGACAGCACUUCCGCCAUUGUUUAAACAAUCUUCCUAUUAUAUGUUUAAAUCAAGCUAUUUCUAGGUGGUAUGCUGUGACCUGAAAUGCUGUUGUUUUAACCUUUUCUAAGUUGUCAGAUUUUCUCACCUUCUACUUAUCAGUCUUUAAGAUCAACUACACAAUUUUGUGUGAUACUGCUUUUUAGAAAUAAAUUAUUUUGUUAGGCACACAUCUGCUCUAAUUCAUAUGUCACCCUGGACAAUAUUUCUGCUUUUUCAUAGUUUCACUUGUAAUCUUAGAAUCAUAGAAUCAUAAGAGUUGGAAGAGACCUCCUGGGCCAUCCAGUCCAAUCCCUUGCCAAGAAGCAGGAAAAUCGCAUUCAAAGCACCCAUGACAGAUGGCCAUCCAGCCUUUGUUUAAAAGCCUCCAAAAAAGGAGCCUCCACCACUUAAAAGAUUUUAAGAUCUCUUAAAAGAUUUUAAAAGAUUAUUUCAUUUAUUUCAUUUAUUUGAAAGACAAUGUUUCAGUAGUCAGCAGUGCAUACUUGCAGGGAUCAUUUAUUAGAGUGUUUGAAGAGCAAGUUUUAUUUGAAUGGCCUGAAAAAUUGAGGCUCAUUAAAACUUCUAAAUCCGAAUAUGACCUCAGAUUUGCUCCACUGGUUACAGUUUUUUCACAACUUGUUUUGAUGUUUUUACGUUGUAUUAUGUAACUGAAUGAAAUUAGUAUUGCAAUUAGUUAUGAAAUUUGGGGAGCUUUUUGUGAAGUAUGACAUUUUUAUUGUGCUUUUCAAAUUUCAAAUAUAUUAAAAACAGCUACAGUAUUCAAAAAUGAUUUUUCAUAGCAAGACUGAUAUUAUUUUAUGUUGUUUUGCGGUAAUUGUUUUAUAUUGUAUGCAGCCUUGGAAAAUGAUGAAGUGGCAUAUAAAAUUAUGAAAAAACACAUCCAUCAGUACUAGCCUGGUUCUGUGGAAGUGUUGGCUUUAAGAUCUAUAUACUUCCACUUGUGGAUUUGAGGGGACAGAUUGACAUGACCAUUGACCUUGUGAAGAAGCGUUCAUUUCAGGAGAGUCGAAGAAGCAGUACAGAUCUUUAUAGUGCAGUGGUGGGCAAAUUAUAGGCUGCACAUAGUCUCCAAGGGAUGAUAUUGUGCCCCCUGGGAAGCAAGUUUUUUUGUGUGUGUGUGUAUAUAUAUAUAUGGCUUCAAAAUGCCUCCAAAUGAUCUCUGAUUUAUGAAAGGCUAGUGAUCAAAACAAUUUUUUGCAAAAUUUAUCGCACAUACUUUGUUUAGAAGAGCAGUUUUUCUAAAAUGAUGGUCCCAACCUUAAAUGGGGUCCACUUAGUUUAGUUUUGCAAUAGCCAAACUAAAUAGAAUAGAAAACAAUAGAAUCUAGACAUGUAGCUGAAUCUGUUGGCAAUGAUUUGCACUGUUUACAGUACUCCACAUAUAGGAAAAUCAUCCUGUUUAACCAGCUUUGCAAAUGCUGAUUUGUUAUUAGUAUAAAUGUUUGAUUUGUAUACCUGUUUUAUGUACCUAUUUACCUGGAGUCUUGAAAAAGAUUAUCAGGCAGAAAGGGAUCACGAGUGGAAAGAGUUUAAGAAGCUCUGCUCUAGAGCCCAUGAAGGCCCCAAAACACAAUUUAAAUGCUUCACAUAUUCUCCGUAGAGUGGGGCAUUACGUCCUUAUUUAUUUAUUAUUUGUUUACCAUAUUAAAAAUAAUUUGGUCUCUGAUUAGGACUUCUCACAUUACAAAUCAUAUCAACCUGCCCGAAUGUUAAGAUCUUCUAGUGAGGCCCUCCUCUUGUUGCCACCACCAUAGCAAAUGCGGUUGGCAGAAAUGAGAGUUAGGGCCUUCUCAGUGGUUGCUCUAACUUUUGGAACUCCCUCACCGAAGAGGUUAAAACAGCCCCCUCCCCGACAUCUUUAAAAACAGCUAAGGACCUUUGUGCAAGCUUUUGAUGAAGACACUUAGCUGUAAUGACAGGAAGGCUAACUUUUAUUGAGUCGCGUUAACCUUACCAUCUGUCUUAUUGAGUAGGUUGCAAUAAUUGUAUUAGAUGAAUGUUUUAAAUAAGUAUAGUUAUCUCGGAUUGUAAAAUUUUUUUAUAGGUUGUGUUUUAUAUAUGCUCAUUGUUUUAUAUUGUCUUUUACACAGUGUUGUGAGCUGCUUUGGGUCCAGUUAUAGGGAGAUAAGUGGGAUACAAAUAAAGAUUUAUUAUAUUAUUAUAUUUAUACCUCGCCCUCUCUCUGCCCCCGAAGGGGCCUCGGAGCAGCUUACAAGUAGGCAACAAUUCAAUGCCGUAUAAACAAACAUAAAAUAAAAUAAACAUAUUUAUCCUCUAAGUUUCAUGUGACUCUCUAGCUUUCCAUGGUUUCCCAUAUUUUAUAGCAAGUACUCAUUGUUUCUAUAGCAUCAUUUCUAUGAAAAUUAUCUACCUCUCUUCCCUCCACCUGAUCAUCAGUUUCAAGCCAAAUCUUAUCACUGCCUGAGAGAUCCUUAAUUCGUUUUAUUUCAUUCCAGUGACAUUUAUUGAUGUGAACUGUAAUUUAAAAAAUCCCAAAAUGCUUGACUUAUAAGGCUGCAAAAGCUGCAGAUCACAAUUAAGAAUGGCACAUCUCUUGUAAUUAAGAAGUUUGUAGUAAUGGAUGAUUGUUUUCAUCAUCUAAAUGGGUUGGAGCUCUGUGUUGUGUUCAAAGUUUUAUGCCGUUUUGCAGAAUAAAGUAGGGACCGUUAUUAACCUGCGAAUAACCUAAUUCAUGACAAGCACCUGUUUUGUACCACUUCAUUCGUACGUUGCUGAUACUGUUCUCUCAAAGAGGUCUUUACAUUAGCAUUUUGGGUCUAAUUAUGAUAGUGUAGGAAGGUUCUUUUUGCCACAAGGAUUGAUAAUUACAAAUAUUAAGAUUCCUUUUGCACAAUUGUAUAAAAUAAAAAUAAAAUGAUCAUGGAGAAUAAUUCAUCAAGUCUUCAUGUUUAAUUUAGGGAUGAUAUGUUAAACACGGCAGGAGAACAAGCCUUAUGUGAUGCUUAAUGGAUGUAUAAAUUGUUUGCUGUAUUGCAUUCAUAGAGUAUAGUGUGAAAUACACUGUGCUAAUUGUGCAUCAGGUUUAAAUUGAACAUUUAUAAGUUUUAUCAUCAUCUUUUAAAACUUGUGUUAGAGCUGUGCACUCCAUUUUGUAAUAUAGGUUUAUAUCUAAGAAUCUUUUGAUAUCCAACUUCAGUGUCCUAUUCUGUUUGGCCUGUGAGAAGUUUAUAUGCUCAUAAGCAGAGUACUGGUAUCCAAAUAUAGAUUUAUCAGUUAUUCAUUCAGGCCCAACCCAUAAUCUCUCACAUUUAGAAUUUAAUUCUUCAUCUCCACUACCUUCAAACACUGAUACUGUCUCCACAGUUUCUUAUGUGUUGAACUUUGUUGAUGAGCUGAGAAGUAAUGGGUAGACCUUUCUUAUUGCCAUAUGUCCAACAGUGCACUUUCAAUGUGCAGCCUUGCAUUAAAUAUAUCAUCACCAUAAUCAUCAUUAUCUAAGGUUUAUAUGUAGUUGGAGUAGAACAAAUUACCGUCCGGUCAGCCUCACAUCGAUACCAGGCAAAAUUCUGGAAAAGAUCAUCAAGGAAGUGGUCUGCGAACACUUAGAAACAAAUGCGGUCAUUGCUAAUAGUCAACACGGAUUUACAAAAAACAAGUCAUGCCAGACUAAUCUGAUCUCUUUUUUCGAUAGAGUUACGAGUUGGGUCGAUACAGGGAAUGCUGUGGAUGUAGCAUACCUGGAUUUCAGUAAGGCCUUCGACAAAGUCCCCCACGACCUUCUGGCAAAUAAACUAGUAAAAUGUGGGCUAGACAAAACUACAGUUAGGUGGAUCUGUAAUUGGCUAAGCGAACGAACCCAAAGGGUGCUCACCAAUGCGUCGUCUUCAUCAUGGAAAGAAGUGACAAGUGGAGUGCCGCAGGGCUCCGUCCUGGGCCCGGUUCUGUUCAACAUCUUUAUUAACGACUUAGACGAAGGGUUAGAAGGCACGAUCAUCAAGUUUGCAGAUGACACAAAACUGGGAGGGAUAGCCAACACUCCAGAAGACAGGAGCAGAAUUCAAAACGAUCUUGACAGACUAGAGAUGGGCCAAAACUAACAAAAUGAAGUUCAACAGGGACAAAUGCAAGAUACUUCAUUUCGGCAGAAAAAAUGGAAAUCAAAGAUACAGAAUGGGGGACGCCUGGCUUGACAGCAGUGUGUGCGAAAAAGACCUUGGAGUCCUCGUGGACAACAAGUUAAACAUGAGCCAACAAUGUGAUGCAGCAGCUAAAAAAGCCAAUGGGAUUCUGGCCUGCAUAAAUAAGGGUAUAGCGUCUAGAUCCAGGGAAGUCAUGCUCCCCCUCUAUUCUGCCUUGGUCAGACCACACCUGGAAUACUGUGUCCAAUUUUGGGCACCGCAGUUGAAGGGAGAUGUUGACAAGCUGGAAAGCGUCCAGAGGAGGGCGACUAAAAUGAUUAAGGGUCUGGAGAACAAGCCCUAUGAGGAGCGGCUCAAAGAGCUUGGCAUGUUUAGCCUGCAGAAGAGAAGGCUGAGAGGAGACAUGAUAGCCAUGUACAAAUACGUGAAGGGAAGUCAUAGGGAGGAGGGAGCAAGCUUGUUUUCUGCUACCCUGCAGACUAGGACACGGAACAAUGGCUUCAAACUACAGGAAAGGAGAUUCCACUUGAACAUCAGGAAGAACUUCCUCACUGUGAGGGCUGUUCGACAGUGGAACUCUCUCCCCCGGGCCGUGGUGGAGGAUCCUUCUUUGGAGGCUUUUAAGCAGAGGCUGGAUGGCCAUCUGUCGGGGGUGCUUUGAAUGCGAUUUCCUGCUUCUUAGCAGGGGGUUGGACUGGAUGGCCCAUGUGGUCUCUUCCAACUCUACUAUUCUAUGAUUCUAUGAAACUCCAAACUCAAGUUGAGCAUCCCUUACCAUGGAUUCCAAUAGCAAAAAUCUAGAAUUUUCCGCAUGGGUGACUGAGAUAGUGACAUCUUUGCUUUUCCCAUGGUUCAGUGUACACAUAAUUGCUUUAAUGGACAAAACUAUUAAAAUAUUGUGUAUGAAUUUAAUUAUCUUUAGGCUGUGUUGAUAAGGUGUAUGUCAACCAUAAGUGAAUUUUAUGCAUAUACUUGGGCCCCAUCUUAAAGAUAUUUCAUUAUGUAUAUACAUGCAAAUACAUGCAAUCAAAAAUUCAAAGUAAUCCAAAAUCCCAAACACAUAAAAGGGAUAAGAACAUGUAAUCUUAAUUUCUGGCAUUUUUAUCAGCUUUUAAGGGGUGGAUAGGCCUCUGCUGUGCAUUCUGGUCAUGUGCUGGCAACUAAGAUCCUUUACAUUGCAGUUCCACUUGGACAGCACAGAAAUGUAUGGGUUUCAAGUUGGAAGCUGUUUGAUGUUUAGCACUGUUUGGUUUUGGCUAGAGCAUACUUAACAAGUGUCUUUAUAUGCAUUGUAAGCUUGAUUGGCUGAAGCAGCUAGAUUUAGAAGGAGAUCAAGCAUUCCUCACCACACCAGCACAUCUAUAAUUCAUUUUUGUGUGCAGAUUCCCUCUCCACAUGUGCUCUGUUCUGUUUCUUUCAAAAUAACGCUGAAAAGUAAUUAAAAUGCCUGUCUCUCAGGUCUCUUAAUUAAAAAAUAGUGUGUUUCAGCAAUUGAAAGAUGUGCUGAGAUUUCCCUGAGGCUUCCUCUUGCUAUAAAAAGAACAUUCUAUUUUCGUUUUACUUUCCUCUGAUAGAGAACCUCCUACCCUACUUAUUCAUUCCCGCUUGGAAUUUACUGAUCCAGUUGCAAGUCUGAGCUAUUUUAAAUUAGCAGCCAUGCCAGAUCAGCCUUUAGGGUGCACUACUUCAUUUAAUAAAAGGAAGCUGUCAGCUCAGUGCCUUGCUUUAACUAAAACAUUCAGCGGGAAUAACCCAUAUAUAGUGUCAAUACCUUUUUAUUUUUAAUCUUUUAACUUUUUCACAUGAAAAAAAUCUUUUGGCAAUGAGAGGAAGGAGAUAUAACAUGUUUUCAAUUUUUCUUCCCUAAGCAAAUUCUAACAUCUUUCUUUGCUCUGCUUUGUGAAAUGAUAUGCUGGCUUCCUCUGAUCUUUCAAGCUGUGAGUUUGGGGAAACGUUAAGAUAGUCUCUUGCUAGUAAGAAAGUACCCAGGGAUGAUUUGCAUAGCAAAUUGAACAUCUGUCUGAUGUGUACAUUUGCCUUUUUUAAGUAGUUCUGUUAAUUAAGCAUUGCAACUGAAAUCGUCAGGGACAUUCUUAUUUAAAGUUGUGAUAAUGGAUAUAUGGAGCCUUUAAUAUGUGUUUAAUACAUUACUAGUCAUCCUUUUAAACUAAGAAUGACCCUGAUGGGUAUUAAUUACCACUUGUUAGCUUAAUAGCUGAUGCAAGUUGUACAUGAGUCUUGUGAAAUGGCUAUCAUCAUUAUGAUGCAUGGAAGAGGAUGGGCAGGUCGAAUGAGCAUCGGCAUAAAUAUUAAAAUUUGUUGAGGGGCACAGUAUGAAGAGUGUCUCAGUGGAGAGAGUAUUGUCCACUAUUCUUAUAUCCAACACUUUACUUUUUCCUUUUAAAUGAAUUUCUAUCACUCAUUAUUGUGGGAAAUAGUAAUAAUAUAUUUACAGUAGAAUGAAACAUGGAAGAAACCACCUCUUAGGAGUUCUUUAGAUCACUGGUUCCCAAAUUGUUUUGGUCAUGGAACCCUUCAAAGCCCCCCCCCCCCCCCCACCACCACCCCACGAAACUCUAAUUCUGUCCCAUAUUCCUAUUGCCUGUAUAUUUUUGCAAGGUAGGUUUGGAAAUAAAAAGAUAUUCGUAUUAUAUUUUUAAAGCUGAGGUACAUUGAGUUUCAAUAAGAUCUUCAUACUCUGGCAGAGAUUUUUUAACAGUUUUUAAAAAAAGUUUUAAAAGAUUAUUUUGCAGAAAUCCUAUGAUGAUUUGUAGAAUCCUAGGGUCCUAGUUUGGAUACGGUUGCUCUAGAUAUUAUUCUUUUAUUAAUGAAAGCCAUUAAAAACAUUUAGCAACUAUUUAUGCACAUGAUGGUUAAUCCCUACAUCUCUAUGAGGUCAUCCACUUUCUCUUGGUCCUCUGUUUGGUCUUAUCAACCUGUCAUGGAUGUCUCUCUUUUUUUUUUAAUGAAUCCCAUCCAGAAAAUUUCUAGGGGACACUUUACAGGUCUUCCCAUUAUGGCACCAUAAUUUUGAAAAUAAGGAUUCUUAAAAAAAUAGAGAACUUAUUAAAAGAAAAGUGGAGAUAGAUGUCAUUCAAAUAAAUAUUAAUUUAUGAAAUAAUUGUUACUUCUUCUGAUUUCAAAAUGUGAACUGGUUAAUGACGAACGAUCUGUUGAAAGUCACUUGCAAGUGCAUAGGAUGUCAGAGCUCAUGUCUCUGAAAUAGGAAGGUAUUUCUACUGCAGCUGUUUACUCUGCUAACAUGUACAUCCAGAGCAAGUUCUUCAAAUUUAAAUUUCCAUAUUUAUGCCCAAACCUCUUUACUAUUUUAAUGUCCUAAUGAGGAAAGUAAUUUUAUCAUUACAUUUAUCGUUUAACAUUGCACUUAUUUAUUUAUUUAUACAACAUUUUUACCCCGCCUUUCUCACCUGAGGGGACUUAAGGCGGCUUACAACACCCGGCAAAAUUCAAUGCCAAACAAGUCAAUAAAAAUUAACAACACAUUUAAAACCAUUAACAUAAUCAAUAAGAAUACAUUAUACAAACAUUAAAAACAUAUAAAUUACCAUACUUAAUUCAAUUCUUCCAAGAACCUUGCACAUAGACCUUGGUUCAGACCCUGUCAAUAUAAUGCUUACUCAUAAAAUGCUUGGAACUAGGGUUCUAUUUCAUCCUACAAACUAAAGUAUAUAGGUCAAAUCAGGCAUGCAUCAGCUAGCUUGAAAUAUUAUUUUUUCUUCUUUGAAAUUUUGGGAAUGUUUAAGACUGGUCAUUAUGAUGGCUGCCUGGCAAGGAUUCAGACAUGCUAUAAAUGUGGAAGUGUUCUUCUGAAUCAGAUCUUGCAAAUAUAUCACAGCAAUUGUCCAGAUCUCAUUAUAUUCUCAAAAAAAUUUUGGAGCCUGGGUUGGACCGAAUUCCCUCUCUACUCUCACAUUGUAACAGGGAUUUUGUCCAUAUGUUAUCAUACUCAUUGACAGGUUGGAAGAACUCUUUAUGGGCAGAUGAAGCAAAUUAGAAAAUGGAAAUCUCACAGAACGAGAACAGCUGUCCUUGUUUGGAAUGUGAGAAUCUGGUGAUUCCAAUAUGUAACAAAAAAGCGCAAAAUAGAAUUUUAGUAAUAUUAAUAAAUAAUUAAUUAGAAAUAUCAUUUUAGAAACAAGAAGCAGUCUGAUGAAUAAAUGAGACUCUUUAGAGAUGUGUCAAGUGCAGAUCUUUUUUUUCUUUUUUAAGUGCAGUUGAAUGUCAGUGGACGUUCAGUGAGAAAAUAGACAACAUGCACCAGAAAACUGGAGCUGGAUGAAAUAAGGUGAUGGUAGUUUUAUGUUAAGUGGGUAAUUAUCACUUAAAGGAUUUCGGUGAUGGAGGAUCUUGUUCAGUUUCACUUGCUAACAUUUUCUUCCACUCUCCUUCCUUUUAUAAAUGAGUGUCUUAUUGAUUUAGAAACCUUAGCCAAAUGAAGCCGUGAAAACAGUGUUACUGUAAAAUCAUUGAUCAAAAAGCUCACGAGAUGACUCCGGAAUGAAAUCUAAUUGUCUGAAAGCCCAUUUAGUAGUAAUCUGCAUUAUAUUUUUUGAAUAUUUAACGUCAGUGUGACUUGGCCUGUAUUAAAAAAAUACAGAAUUUCUGCCUAGUGAUAUACAAAUAUUACCAUAUAAUUGGUCUUCAUUUUUCCAUAGUGACCCCAGAAGAAAUAUAUAUGCAUUUCCCCUCUUCAUUUUUGUUAUAAAACCUGAGCAGUAUAUACAGUAGAGUCUCACUUAUCCAACACUCGCUUAUCCAACGUUCUGGAUUAUCCAACACAUUUUUGUAGUCAAUGUUUUCAAUACAUCAUGAUAUAUUGGCGCUACAUUUGUAAAUACAGUAAUUACUACAUAGCAUUAUUGUGUAUUGAACUACUUUUUCUGUCAAAUUUGUUGUAUAACAUGAUGUUUUGGUGCUUAAUUUGUAAAAUCAUAACCUAAUGAACAUAGAAACAACAGCAGUUUAAAGAAAUGAAGAAUUUCUUAUGUAGCCUCUGCGAAGCGUAAUAUGGCCUAAUAUGGUUUGUGCUGAAUGCAAAUAAUUGUUUACAUGUAUUGCAAGUAAGCCAAGAGGAUAGUUUUAUUGCUGAGGGAACAUGUUCACUUGGCCAUCUUGAGUCUUUCCUCUGGAUCUUGAUUCCAAAAAUCCCAAUUUUAUGUGGAAAACUGAACAGCACUGGAGUCGUCACAUAGCAGCAAGUACACUAUGCUCCCAUAUUUGUGGGGAAUAUGUUCCAUGACUCUCCAUGGAUAGCUGAAACCACAGAUAAUAGUUAGUGAAUGCUAUAUUUUGACUAUACUUGGGCUAGCAAUGUGCCGUAGGAUUGCGCUGGAGCAUCUAGACAGGUCUACAAUCAGUUUCAAGAGAGGGAUUUCUUUUGUAGUGUGGGCAAGUUGAACCUAUGGAUAAGGGAGUUUGACUGUGUACAGUAGUUUUUCUCUAUUGGUGUCCACACACAUCUAGAGGGCACCACCUUCUGUUUAGCAGUACCGCCAAUAUGUGUAAAGGUCUUGCUCUCAGCUCUUUCCAUUCUGUUCAGGACUCUGCUCAGUUUGUGUUCUGGUCAGAACUCAUUGUACUUAUUGAAAUGAUUAUUUACAGACCUAAAUAUGAAAAGCUAUGGUACCUAAAUAUUCAAGAAAAUUGCAUUUACAUGCCACACCUUGUUAGUUAAGAAAGAGAGACCUAUCUUUAUUGACUGUUGCCUGAUAAGCAUUUUUCAAUGACCAAACCACAUAUUUCUAUGUUUCUAUUAUAGCAAACCUAUAACUGCCAUUGCCUACUGGGAUAUCCCACAGUUUGUUUAUGGCCUUCAGAAUGAGCACGUUAUUAAGCUUUCUGCCCUCAUGUAUUUUGGAGUCUUGAUUUGUGUCCACUUGCAUCCCUUGAGUCAUUCAUCUGAAUUCAAUUCCUUGUCCUACUUAUAUCAGUUGCUGAAUAGUAGUAGCCCAAAGGGGCACCAGAUCCUGUCUGAUCUGAGAAGCUAAGCAAGGUCAGCCCUGGUUGGUACUUAGAUGGGAGACAGCCAAUGAAAGCUAGGUGCUGUGGACUAUAUUUAAGAGGAAGGAACUAGAAUAACUCCCCCUUGCUUAAGAAAACACUAUGAAAUUGGUAAUAAUAUUGAAUUGAAUUGAAUAUAUUUGUAUGCUUCAGUGGAUCAGCUUUGUUUGAACUACCAGUUGAUUUUAAGCCAUUGUUUCUACUUCUUCAGAUCAUAGAAUAAGCAAAUGAGAAGGCUCUCUCCACAAAAUAUAUUUGCCAGCUCUUUCUAAAUAUCAUUGAAAUCUUUAUUUUGCCCUUUUCUUAUCAGAAACCAAAGGUGAUAUUACAUAGCCAUGCCAUUCAUUCCACAAAACUCCCAUUCUCUCUUUUUAUCUGGAAUGCCUGGAGGUAAUUGUAUAAUUGCAGUUUUGCAACAGAGCUCUCGUUUUUUUCUUUAAAAACAUUUUCAUGAAAAUCUUCUUUUUUAUAUUCUCUUCCACCCACUUGCUCUUCUUUCUUUCAUAGUUGACAAAGACUGUAUUAUAUCAUUUUAACCCAAGAGACACUGGUGUACUCUACAUGUUUCAAUUGUUUAUCUUUCCCUCUCUUUAUAAUAACCCAUGUGUAAACUGUGACUCGUUGUUUUGUCGCCUUUCCACUCUUCUGGAAAUUAACAUUCUGUUGUGAUGUACUGUAAUUCUGUGUGAAAGAUCCUCGAAUGUAAUGACAAUGUGUAGACAUUGGGCAAACUACUCUUCACAGAAGAGCUGUGCUUCUGUAAAAAGCUUAUAAAAAUUCAUUUUCGAGCAUCAGUGGUAAGAUAACAGAUUACAGAAAGGACAUACUACCACUUAUUAAAUCUUGUUAUUUAAUGUACUCUUUAUGCCAGCUUAAAUAAAAAUGCCAUGCUGCCUAUUCAAGGAAUAUUUUGACAAAUAGUGUGUUUUAGAAAAUAAAGUAAAAUUUGUAUAAAAUUUCCAAUAUAUGGACUAUGAAAGAAUUAUGGUGCCUCUCUUUUUCACAUAUACAUACAGGGAGAACAUGGCCUUGAUAGAGCUAGAUCUAGAUCUAUAGCACCUCUAUUUUGGGCAGUAGGGUCAUUGUGAAGAAGGUAUGCUUCCUAGCAUUUAUGUGCCAUCAUGACAGCUUGCUGGGGUUGUGAAUAUCAUGCCAAUUCUGGCUAAAAGUGUCAUCUAAUGUGUCUUUGGUUCAAGUUUAACUUUAGUUGUAUAAUAUAGCCUUAGACAAGCCCUAGCUAUGUCCCCUGCCUGCAACAUGGGAGUAUGAAAUAUGCAGGGGAAAUUCUAGUUAAUAAGUAUUAAUAAUCUCUUCCUCUUUAUCAUCCAAGUUGACUUGCCAGUAAUUAGAGAUAAAUACAGGUAAAUGUGAAAUGGCAGAACCACAUAGUAAAAGUCUAAUGCAUUAUAAGGUAAUGAGCAAUGCAAAUGCCAAAAUUGAAAAGUGGCAUGAAAGGUGGAAAUCCUACAGCAAAAGAAUUGGAGCGGGUCCCUGAAAAAUCUUAAAAAUCAAAUUUAAAACUGUUUUAAAAAUAAAACCACAAGGCUAUUUGAUUUACAGUCUCCAUAGCUGCUACAGCAUAACUAUUGCUACCAGGUGUGUAGUACAGGUUUCACAUCUGAACAUUUUAUUUGCCAUCUGAUCUAGAGUGAUUAAUACAUAAUUGACUUUCCAUGUUGAUUCUUUUAAAAAAAAUUCUUGAGUAAUAAAAAUCAGGGCUAAAGUCAGAGUUCCAUGGAAAACAAAUGAAGAGUUCCAUUACCAAAUUUUUUUGGAAACUGCUGUCCUACAGCUCUGCAGAUGUCGUUGUCCUAUGCAUCCUAGCAUGCCUCACAAGGAUUGACGCUGCUCAUUGGUGCUGGGAGUUUUAGUCUAACAGCAACUGAAGUGUUGCCUGAUUCUUACCACUAUUUAAUUCCUGUCAUUGAGCUCUGCACAGGGUGACCUAGCAAACACUUGACUGAUUUGAGUUAUGUAUUUUCCUUUGAGAUUGUAUAUAUGUUAGUAAUAACCAAUUAAUAUAAAUUAUCUCUUUCAUUGGCCUCUUAAACACUGAUGGGAACAGAACUCAAAAGGUUUAUUGCCAUCAGUCUUGAAUGGAUGUAUGGCUGCUUUAAAUGCCCAGUCGCUGGUUGUCAGCAGUAUUGGAGGAUGCCGAAUUUCAGAUGCACUUUUUAAUGACAUUUUAAUAAUGAAAAGGGAUAAUAUAUCUAUUUUUACUAUAGUGCCAUCUGUUAAGAAAGUACACUUUAACUUGUAAAUGUAAUAAUGAUUCAAAUUGUAAAUGACAUUCUGUAUCGGGAUGAAAUGUGUACUCUAUAUUUAUUGCUAUAUAACCUUCCAAUUAUCGCUCAGCCUAUAUAUUCAUUUUAGGACAUUCAUAUCCAGUUUUUGAACCACAAGGGCAGCUUACAGACAAAAAACAAAACAGCACUCAUUAAAACACAAACAAUCCCAGGCAUAAAUAAUUAAAAUUGCUAAUAGCAAUAAUAAUACAACCAACAGUGAUAAUGACAAUUAACCAGCACUAUAAAAAGACUCAGUUAAUUAAAUUUUAUUUAUUACUUAUUUAAAGUAUUUUUGUACGGCCUUUCAUUCUAGAAGAACUCUUGAGGCAAUGGACAAAUAAAAACCAAUACAGACACUUUAAAAUACGAUUUAAAAACAAUGACACAAUCUAGUUUUGAAACAAUUAAAAUAGUCAUUUCAAACAUUGGGAACCAUGAAGAACAGAAUUGUUUGUGCAGCCUGCUCUAAAGUAAAAAGAGAUGAGCCUAGCCUAUCUUUUAAAAAAAUGUUUGUUCCUGAUAGUGAAAUAAUAAACCUGUUUGAGGUAUUGCAUGGAGACUUUGCUGAGUCUCUACUCAUGUGAGCAAAGGAAAAGAUCACAUCUUGCUCCCUUUGGCGUCUAGAUUUAUGUACAGUGUUCCUUCACUACUUCGCGGUUCACUUUCACAGAUUCUCUGUUUCAUGGUUUUUCAAUAAACUCUAAAAGAAUAUUAUAGAUCAUAAAAAAUUACAAUUUACAGCCUAAGGAAGGGAGGAAGGAGAAGCCGAAGGGAAAGAAAAGGAGCCCAAAUGGCAACGGGAGGAGAAGGAGGCAAUUUAUCAACACACGAUUGGUUGAUAAAGGCUUAAAAUAGUGUAUAUGUAACUACUAAAAUAAUGUAUAAAUAUUAAAAUAAACAUAGUGUUCCUACUUGGCGGAUUUUCACUUAUUGCGGGUGGUCCUGGAACCUAACCCCAGCGAUAAGUGAGGGAACACUGUAUUCAGUUGUUGAUAAAGAAGGAUGCAUCAGUAAUCAGAUGAACAGACUGAGGCUUAGGUGGGGAUGCUGUUCUUCUGGAACUUUAAUUCACAAUUUGGAUGUGCUCUUGGAGCUGUGUUGUCUUUUAGGGAACAGCAAUAGCCAAGUUUAUGUUGGUACUCUAGUGAUGUAUCUCCCAAGGUAAACCAACCCUACUACUUCUUUGGGGUAUUUUUUAAAGGCACACAGCCUGUUGUAACUUUUUCUAUCUGCUGUUUUCUUUGCAAAGUUCCCAAGCUACAAUUAAUACAGAAUGUGGCUGGAUUGGUAUGUGGUUGGAUUGAAUCACAGGGAAAUAGGACGUCAUCUUAACAAUUCCAGCUGACUGUGAAAUUCAGUUCUGUUUACCUAUUUUCAUACUGAAUGACUGGAGUAGAAUUAAGAACUUAGAUGUAUGUCUUCAAGAUGUUUCUGACUUGCAGCAAUCCUAAGGCGAGCCUAUCAUGGGGUUUGUAUUUCCAAAUGUUAUUGUAAAAUUUAAUGUUAUACGUGAGUAAUUUGUGUUACUCUAAUUCUUGGAAAAUUAACUUGACUCUAAUACAUUUGAGCAAUUGAGAUUAUAGUGACCCGACAUUUCAAAAGCUGUAGAUACUAUAUUUAAAAAUUAUGUGGGAAAUGACAUCCUUAACGCUGAUACUGUUUGUCUCAGAAAUGAGAUUACUUUUGCUAAUAAAAUAAUAAAAUAAAACUUUUAAAGUAUUAUUCAAAUUGUGAUUCAUUUUUCUAUUCUCCUUCAGUAGAUGUAAUAAUGGGUUUUAUACAUUCAUAAAGUAGGGAUGGAAAAGAAGUAAGGAAGAGUUUGUGAGUAAGCGAGAAACUAUUUUAUUCCUUUCUUGUGUUACAGCUUAUAGUAUGGAAUUAAUUCCAAAUAAUGUUAAAAUACUAUAUGAUGCAAACAUUUAAAAAAGAACUAAGCACCCAAUAGUAAUACAAUAUCCUAAAGAGUUUAAAAUAUAUAUACCUGAACAAUAUAGCCCAUUAAAUAUCUUUCUGAUCCGGUUAAAAUAAAUAAUAAACAAUUUUGAACUGUAACCGAAAGAAAUAUAAAUGAGAGGCAAUUCAUUUCCAUUGGGAAACCAAGUAUAAAUAUCUUCCUGUUCAGCUUCAAAAUUGUCCCCACUUCUUUGCUUUUGACAUAAAGUGCAACUUCCCUGCAGCUGAACCCAUUUUCAAUAAUACAAUAUAUUUUAAAGCUGGUAACUGGCUUAACUGUCAUGAUUUCUGUGAAGGAACCUUGGGGAAAUGUUUGUGAGACUGCUGAAUAUUUCCUUUUAAAGAAACCCAGAAUACACAGUAGAACAUGCUUGAAGUUUGCCUCUUCCUUUCAUGCCUGGAUGUGUGGCACCUGUCCUACAGAUGAAGAAAUGGUUCCUGUCAUGACCAUAGAAGUGCCAUAAUGUUGUGCUCUGUUUAGCAGAAAAUUGCACUAUGGGGCCUUAAAUUCCCUUCCCUGGUUCAUAUUUUUAUGCUAUAAAAGAAAAAGCAAUGUCUUUAGUCUGCAAAACAGUGACUUUAUUGCUGAUAAUCUAAUGCAGGUAAAGUGAGAGAUGCAUAUAUUUGCCAAACAUCACAAUGUCAUGCAAAGAUAUAAUCAAACGCUCACUAGACUAUGCUUCUUUUGGCAAAGCUUAUUCUGGAUUUUCCCACCACUGAGGUUGUGCUGUAUAAUUUUAUUAAAAUUAUGUUUCAAUUUUUAUUUUAUUUUUACCUGCCUUUACAUAGUGGAAGUAAAGUUCUAUGCUGUGUGUUUCAUCCUCAGAGUAGGACUUUAUUCUAUUUUAAUAUCUCUGUUUUGGAAUGGAAAAGGCCUCAAACCUGGCAUAUUUGUACAUGAUGGCAAAAAGGACUCUGUUCUGAAAGUCCUUGCAACUGUCACUCUUCUUCUCAGCAGUUUGUUUGCUGUUAUCCUCAUAUACUCACUGCGGACGUUUUAUGUAGGAACUAUGGAAACCACAGCAACAGUGCAAUGUAUGCUGCAGUCCACGUUCCUGGAACUUGGUUUACAGGAGCUUGGCCUAAAGGCUGCAAGGCCAAGGUCCGGUGUGCUGUUUCAGUGCCUACUUACAACUACUGUGAAUAUGAAUGGUGAGGGAUUGCAGUCACCUGCAGUAUUUGUGCUAUGUUUGUGUUCUUCCCGGAGGAUGUGCAUACACUUGCAGCAACUUGGUUGCUCUGAUGGAAGAGUACUACUCAAUUUUCUUUGGUCAGAUGACACCUGGAAUAUUGUGUACAAUUAUAGCACCACAAGAAGGAUAUUGACAAGCUGAGAUGCAUUCAGAGGAAGUAGACCAAAAUAAUUAAAGAUCUUGAAACUAUGGCCAGGGAGAUGGGAUAUGUUUAGCCUAAAAACAAAACACUUCAAAAAGUGAUAUGAUAGCCAUGUUUAAAUAUUUGAAAUAUACUGAUGAUGGAGCCAGCUUGUUUUCUGCUGCUCUAGAUACUAGAGCAUUUGAAACUACAUCCUGAAAACUACAGGAUAAGAGAUUCCAUUUAAGCAUUAGAAUGACUUUCCUGACAGUAAGAGCUGUUUGACAGUGAGCCAGAGUGUGGUGGAGUCUUCUUGUUCGGCAGUUGUAAAAUAGAGGCUGGAUGACAAUCUGUCAGGAGUGCUUUGAUUGUUUAUUCCUGCAUGACAAGGGGUUGAACUAGAUGCACCUUUGGUCUCUUUCAACUCUUUGAUCCUAUGCAUAUUGUGGGGAAAGCCCUACACAAGGUCCUUAGCUAGAGGAAUCUGAGCUGGCAGCCAAACUAUUAUUUUAAUUGGUUUGUUUUUAAAAGUUCUAAUGAUACAGUUCAUAUUGUUUCAUUUUCUAUAUAGUCCUAUUUAUCUUUUUUUUUAAAAAAAAGUGUGUGUUUUCUGAAUUGUGAGGAAAAGCCUGGUAUACAAAGUAAUAGUAAUACAAAUUCUUCCCAUUCUCCUGUUAUUACUCCAUACUCGAGAGAGUUGCUUUCAGUGGUGUCUGAAUACCAAAUUAUUUACUUCUGAAAUUUCUUUCUGAUGU